UAAAGCAUCAUCCAUGGAGAAGAACUGUUUACGCACGGUGUAUCGUACAAGUUUAACAUCAAUGAACACGUCGACGAUUGGUGGAGGAGCCAACCCCAGCGUGAAAAGCCAGAGGAACAAGGUGUGUCGGGCGGCGACCGAGGAAGAUUUCAUCAAUGGGAUUUCAUGGCCUCCAAGGAGUUACACUUGCAACUUUUGCAAAAGGGAAUUUAGAUCAGCUCAAGCUCUUGGUGGUCAUAUGAAUGUUCAUAGGAGAGAUAGAGCCUUGCUUUAUUCUCCUCCAGCUGAUGGUCAGUUCACUAAUCUCAACCUUAACCUUCUCCAUAACCCUAACCCUAACCCUAAUAUCUCGUCUUACGACGAAGUCACAUUCGUCGGUCGGAAAGCUUCGGAUUUGAAGUUGUCGUCCAUGACGGCCGAGAUUGCCGCGAAACCUAAUAUGUUUGAGAGAGGUCAUUGGAAGAAGGGUGAGAAAUUCAAUAUUGGGUUGGAUAUUGAAAUUAGUACUACUUCUUCUACCAAUGUACUUAACGACUCCAAGAUGGAUAUUGAUUUGGAGCUUCGAUUAGGGUACUCGACUUAG